UUUUAUGUUGAUGAGGUUGUUGCUAUAGUUGUAGCUUUACGUGAUGACAAAACGAUUGACUUCAAGCCUGGGGGCUACAUAUCGAGAGGGAGGGAUAAUGAGCUCCCAAGAAGGACAACUGCAUGGAUUUCGCCAUAUUACUUGCAACACAGAACGUAUUCAACGGGCUUCACCAGCGUUCAUGGUGGAAUACCUACAGCAGAGUAUGCUAAGUUGCGGAGAGAAUCUCUUGAAACCGAAUUUGGACAUGCUCUUGGAGCAUAUAGCUCGAAAAGUUUUUCUGCAGUGUAUCGCUUUGGCCCAUUUUUGGCAUUGUAUAGAGCUGCCAUCAUUUCGUUCUAUGUGGUGAAGCUUGCCUUCUGGCAGCUGUUUGAGCAGGAUAUGAGGAAACGGGCUGUCAAGCUAGGACAGGCGCUGAGCACAAGACCAGACAUAUUACCUUCUAUAUAUUGUCAGGAGCUUUCUAAGUUGCAGGAUCAAAUUCCUCCAUUUCCAACUACUGUUGCCAUGCGAUGCAUUGAAGAGCAACUAGGUGCUCCAGUGUCAAAACUUUUUGCAGAUAUUAGUCCUAAGCCUGUUGCCGCUGCAUCUCUGGGCCAGGUAUACAAAGGUUAGAUACCUUUUUUAAACUGUGGCUGGCUUUUCUAUCCUUUUGGUCUCUGCUGGUAUCACCCUUGCCAUUUUUCUCAGUUUAGAGCUACUAGAAGCUAAAUGUUUUAAUUUUUCCCUUCAAGUAUUGCAGCUCAUCUGCAUUCUGGACAAUUGGUAGCUGUUAAGGUUCAGAGACCUGGAAUGUCAAUCUCGCUAACACGUGAUGCCCUCUUAUUUCAUAUGAUUGGAGGACAACUGAAACGAUUUGCGAAAGCCCGUAAGGAUCUUUUGGUAGCAGUGAAUGAGAUGGUCAGGCAUAUGUUUGAUGAGAUAGAUUACAUUCGAGAGGCGAAAAAUGCAGAACGAUUUGCUGCUCUAUACUCUUUUGACUCAGGGAAUGAUCAGACUAAUGAAAGCGGUGAAUCUGGGAAUAAGUCCAGGAAUCACAGAGCAGAAAACAUAAAAGUUCCUAAAAUUUACUGGAACUUCACACGCACAGCGGGCUUAUCCUGUUCGUUAAAGCAGCUGCUUGAGGUUGGAUUCUUUCAUGCUGAUCCGCACCCGGGAAAUCUUGUGGCAACUAAAGAAGGGUCUCUUGUUUAUUUUGAUUUCGGCAUGAUGGGGAAUAUUCCACGUCAUUACCGUGUGGGACUUAUUCAAAUUCUGGUGCAUUUUGUCAACCGUGACUCUUUAAGUUUAGCGAAUGAUUUCCUUUCCUUGGGAUUUUUGCCUGAAGGGGUCGAUAUAGAAACAGUUUCAAAUGCUUUGCGUGCGGCGUUUGGUUCUAGUACCAGAAUAUCACAAGAUUUCCAGGGGGUGAUGGAACAACUAUAUGAUGUCAUGUACGAGUUCAACUUUUCGCUGCCUCCAGAUUAUGCUCUUGUCAUAAGAUCCCUUGGUUCACUAGAAGGCACAGCAAAGAUUCUUGAUCCAGAGUUUAAAGUGAUCGAGAGCGCAUAUCCGUUUGUUAUCGGGAGGCUGCUAGCAGAUCCAAGCCCAGAUAUGAGGAAGAUACUAAGGGAACUUGUCAUUUGUAACGAUGGAUCAAUAAGGUGGAAUCGACUUGAACGUCUGGUAGCAGCUAUAUCCGAACAGGCGUCUGCGACUUCUGGAGACUCUCCAGAAGAUAAAAUGUUGAAGAAAUCAUCGGAACUGAAGUCGUUCGACAUGCAUUCAGUAGUUUCCGCGACAGAAGAUCUGCUACUGUUCAUAUUAUCAGAGAAAGGGCAGAGAGUUCGGGUCUUCCUUCUUCGGGACAUAGUCAGAGUGGUUGAUAUUUUCCUGGAAGAAGAGGCUCUUGAUCUGAACACGAAGAAGCAGACCAUCAAUCUCAGGGAAGAAGGAACAAUGAGAAGGUUGAGCAACGGAUUCAAGUGUCUGAGCGAGGCCGUGAAGCUUGCACCUCGAAUGUGGACAGCAAUGCUUCUUCGGAUGUCAGGGAAACCUGAGGUUCAUAGUUAUGCUUUAGAUAUUGUUUCUGCUUUGUCUACCCAUUUUGGCCACAAAGUUCCUCACACUUUUUGGAUCCUUUUCUCCAAACUGCUCCAUCGCAACAAGAGCCAAUAAUUAUUAUAUUACUCGGGUCUUUCGAUUCUAACGUUUCUUUUUUUCAGAGAAUACACACUAGAUAGGCAGAAUCUAGUUUCUUAUCUGCAAAACAAACAAAUGGGGGAAAGUAAUCAAUUCGGCUAAAGCAUAACGUGGUAUGAUUAAAAAGUAAACCCCUCGCUCUACGUGUCACGUGUCACAUUUUAGAGCUGCCAUUUGUCUGGGCCUUUGACUUCCAAGUCCAUAAAGCUUACUAUUAUUAGCAAGACCACAAGGCACCACUGAGCCCGGAGGUCUCGCCGGGAAAUACUGUACACCAUUGCUUCCGGGAAACGUCAAACCGCUGCUUUCUGUUUCCCUUUUUGGUUUCUUACGCUAUUUCCGUCAACCAUGAAUCCUCUCAUCUUCUUCUCUUCAUCGCCCUCCUUUUUCCAAUCUUCUUCACUUCUAUCUCCAGACUAUUUUUGAGGUUUCGGUGCCAUCUGAAGAGUAGUAUUUGAGAUUUUGAGAUCUCUGCAAAACAAAACGAAAAAAUGGGAUAUAUGGACUUGGCCAAGUCUUAUUCGAAUCAGAUGCGUAUUGUUGAAGCCCCGGCAAGCGGAGGCGGUCUCAGCCAAAAUGGAAAAUUCAGCUAUGGGUAUGCAAGCUCAGCAGGGAAGAGGUCAUCUAUGGAAGACUUUUUCGAGACGAGGAUUGAUGGUAUCGAUGGAGAAAUCGUUGGUCUGUUUGGAGUCUUUGAUGGCCAUGGUGGAGCCAGAGCAGCUGAGUAUGUGAAGCGUCAUCUUUUCAGCAAUCUCAUCACUCAUCCUAAGUUCAUAUCUGACACCAAAUCUGCAAUAGCUGAUGCCUAUAAUCAUACAGACUCUGAACUUCUCAAGUCAGAGAAUAGUCAAACCAGAGAUGCGGGUUCAACUGCGUCUACAGCUAUUCUCGUUGGUGAUCGUUUACUUGUUGCAAAUGUUGGAGAUUCCAGAGCUGUUAUAUGCAGAGGCGGAAAUGCCUUCGCUGUGUCAAGAGACCAUAAACCUGAUCAAAGUGACGAGCGUGAACGGAUUGAGAAUGCUGGUGGUUUUGUGAUGUGGGCAGGGACUUGGAGAGUUGGAGGAGUUCUUGCAGUAUCUCGCGCGUUUGGUGAUCGAUUGCUCAAACAGUAUGUUGUUGCUGAUCCAGAAAUUCAGGAAGAGAAAAUUGAUGAUUCUCUCGAGUUUCUGAUCCUUGCUAGUGAUGGACUAUGGGAUGUUUUCUCCAAUGAUGAAGCUGUUGCAGUGGUGAAAGAGGUGGAGGAACCAGAGGAGUCCACCAAGAAACUUGUGGGAGAAGCAAUAAAGAGAGGAAGUGCAGACAAUAUCACAUGUGUAGUCGUUCGUUUUCUGGAGAGCAAGACUGCUAAUACCAAAGCCUCCCACAUAUCCUCAACCCACACCAGCUCAUCCCAGGAAGCAAAUCAAAGGCAAACCGCGGUUAGGAAUGACUCAGACAGCAAGAUCUCAUCCAAAGAAACCAAUCAAGACCAUACCGCAGUACACAGCGACUUGGACCGGAAAGCUGAGAAGGAAAGCCUGAGCUAUAAGCCGAUCGCAGCUAGAAGCGACGACUCAGGCCACAUCAGCUCAAAUCAAAAGCCAUUUGCGGUUACAGCAACAGAACGCAGCGUUUCUUCAGAACAGAGUGGCUCAGCCGGCGGAAAGUAUCAAAUGCCAGCCGCAACUCGCAGCGGCUCAGAAUCCAAGAGCUUAGCCGUCGAGAAGAAUCAAAUGACAGCCACAACUCGCAGCGGCUCAGAGUCCAAGAGCUCAGCCGGCGAGAAGAAUCAAAUGCCAGCCGCAACUCGCAGCGGCUCCGAGCCCAAGAGCUCAGCCAAACAACCUGGUCAAGGGCAGACCACAGUACACAACAACAAUUAUAAGCAGGCGAUCGCAGCAACACAGGCCACCUCCUCGGAACAGAGAGGAACAGUGGGUGAUAAGAACCGAAAGCCAGUCGCAGUUCAUAGCGAUUCCGCCACAAGCAAGGCAAGUAGCCUUCACUCUAUCUCUAACUAAAACGCCAUUACUGACUUCAGAAUGAUCUCUUGAUCAGUGAAUGUCUCCGUUUUUAUUUACUUUGAAACUAUCAGUGUCUCCCGUCUCCGAGAUUUUGCUUUGACUAAUUUGUAUCGUUGAUGCAAGUGUCUUUUCUUUUCCGUCUCUCUCCUUUUUUAACGGUUUUAACUCCAAUCAUGUAAUUUUUCUCUUGCCGUGUACUAAACUGUAAAUUUAAGUUUGUUGAGCUACAUUCCACGUUAGUCUUAUUUUAGCAUGGGAGGUUGCAUACACAUCCACUCCACCUCUGUAA